GCAACUGAACCGAUCCUAAUGUGUAAAGAACUAUAAUUGAGGAAACUCCCUACAGAUUUUAUACUGCUCAGUGUGUGUGUUCAGGGAAAGCCAGAGACUUCAAAUGUUUGUCUCAAGGAUAUACUGUUUCUUGAGAAUACUUCUGCUGAUUGUGGAGGCUACCCUUUCACAAGGCUGCAUCCAACACUCCACAGUCACCCACAGCGAGGUAUACAACGGGAUUUGCUACGCUUUCAUUAAUUCAAAUGUGGAUUUCAACACUUAUGUCAACACAGCCUGCUCCGUUAUAGGCGGCACACCAGCACUCAUCACGGACAAUGGCAUCCAGACCUUUCUCUCCAAUACCAUAUCCGGAAACUCACAGUUAGCCAGCUCCAUCUUCUGGGUGGGAUUAGAAUACCUGUCUGACGAGCAGCGAUGGGCAUAUCGUGACCAAGCAAGGACCUCCCUUCCGGGCGACUAUGACGAAUGGGCAAACGGGGAGGAACCAGAAAAUGCAGCACCACCGAAAACCUGUGUGCUUCUCCUGCCUGAACGGGGUCACAGAUGGGGCAUCAGAGACUGUCGAAGACCUAAACUAGGAGUCUGUCAAAUCCCAACGUCGAGAGUACCGACAACUCCUCGUCUGCCGAUGGCUACAUUCCCUGCAGGUUGUGCGCAGUAUCCAUCCCUAGCAGCCAGUGCGGACUACAACGGCACAUGUUACAUAUUUUCUGCGAGACCAACCGACUACAGAGCGUACCUGAAGACAGACUGCCAACAGUUCAAUGCCAGACCAGUUCUAGUCACAAACAACCAAAUCCACCAGUUCCUGGUGUCACAACUACAACGAUAUCCGCAGUUCGACGGCAAACACUUUUGGAUUGGUCUCAUUCAUCAUCCGGACCAUCAACAUUGGAUCUACGCCGAGGAAAGUCUGACACCGCUGCCAGACGACUUUGAGGAGUGGGCACCCGACCAAAACGUCACCCACGUGUCGGUUCCUUACAACUGUGCGACCAUGUCUGCCGAGCACAACUACAGCUGGGUAUUAGAGAACUGUCGGGCAACAACGCCGCACUAUAUUUGUCAGAUUGGUGCUUCGACAACAAUCACUCCCAAUACUACAAGAUCGUCAACCUUGAUGAGCACUUCAUCUUUGCGGACAACUCCUUCCCAGCCUGUUCCUACCUUUCCUCCUGGUUGUGCAGAGUAUCCAACCUUAGCUGCUAGUGCGGACUACAACGGCAUAUGUUACAUAUUUUCUGCGAGACCAACCGACUACAGAGCGUACCUCACGACAGACUGCCAACAGUUUAAUGCCACACCAGUCCUAGUCACGAACAACCAAAUCCACCAGUUCCUGGUGUCACAACUACAACGAUAUCCGCAGUUCGACGGCAAACACUUUUGGAUUGGUCUCAUUCAUCAUCCGGACCAUCAACAUUGGAUCUACGCCGAGGAAAGUCUGACACCGCUGCCAGACGACUUUGAGGAGUGGGCACCCGACCAAAACGUCACCCACGUGUCGGUUCCGUACAACUGUGCGACCAUGUCUGCCGAGCACAACUACAGCUGGGUAUUAGAGAACUGUCGGGCAACAACGCCGCACUAUAUUUGUCAGAUUGGCCCCACAACCACUACUUCUCCCAUUACAACAAGACAGACUACUUCUGCGAUAGCCACAACUGCCACCCUGGAGACAACAGCACCACCUACCACUAUUAGGACAACCGCUCAAACCACUACUGUCGAGGCAACAGCUCCUGCCACCACUAUAGAAACAACAGAUCCAGGUUCUACUAUAGAGACUUCGGCACCCCUCACUACUUUAGAGACAACAGCUCCUCCAGCUACUAUCAUGUCAACAGCCCCACCAACUACUAUCGACACAACAGCCACUCUCAGUUCAAUCGAGACAACUACUAUUAAGACAACAGCCCCUCAAACUACUUUAGAGACAACGGCCCCUCCAACUUCUAUCGUGACAACAGCCUUUUCCACUACUAUCGAGACAACAGCCCCUCCAACUUCUAUCGUGACAACAGCCCCUCCCACUUCUAUUGAGACAACAGCCCUUCCAACUUCUAUCGAGACAACAGCCCCUCCCACUUCUAUCGAGACAACAGCCCCUCCCACUUCUAUCAUGACAACAGCCCCUCAAACUUCCAUCGAGACAACAGCCCCUCCAACGUCUAUCGUGACAACAGCCCUUCCAACUUCUAUCGAGACAACAGCCCCUCCCACUUCUAUCGAGACAACAGCCCCUCCCACUUCUAUCAUGACAACAGCCCCUCCCACUUCUAUCAUGACAACAGCCCCUCCGACAUCUAUCGAGACAACAGCCCCUCCAACUUCUAUUGAAACAACAGCCCCUCCCACUUCGAUCGAGACAACGGCUCCUCCCACUUCUAUCGUGACAACAGCCCUUUCCUCUACUAUCGAGCCAACAGCCCCUCCAACUUCUAUCGUGACAACAGCCCCUCCCACUUCUAUUCAGACAACAGCCCCUCCAACUUCUAUCGUGACAAUGGCCCCUCCCACUUCUAUCGAGACAACGGCUCCUCCCACUUCUAUCGUGACAACAGCCCCUCCGACAUCUAUCGAGACAACAGCCCCUCCAACUUCUAUUGAAACAACAGCCCCUCCCACUUCGAUCGAGACAACGGCUCCUCCCACUUCUAUCGUGACAACAGCCCUUUCCUCUACUAUCGAGCCAACAGCCCCUCCAACUUCUAUCGUGACAACAGCCCCUCCAACUUCUAUCGUGACAAUGGCCCCUCCCACUUCUAUUCAGACAACAGCCCCUCCAACUUCUAUCGUGACAAUGGCCCCUCCCACUUCUAUCGAGACAACGGCUCCUCCCACUUCUAUCGUGACAACAGCCCUUUCCUCUACUAUCGAGCCAACAGCCCCUCCAACUUCUAUCGUGACAAUGGCCCCUCCCACUUCUAUCGAGACAACGGCUCCUCCCACUUCUAUCGUGACAACAGCCCCUCCAACUUCCGUCGUGACAACAACCCUUUCCACUACUAUCAAGACAACAGCCCCUCCAACUUUUAUCGUGACAACGGCCCCUCCAACUUCUAUCGUGACAACGGCUCCUCUCAUUACUUUAGAAGCAACAGCCUCAUCUACGACUAUCAACACAAUAGCCCGAACCCCUACUACCAUGACAACAGCACCUCCCACUAUUAUCAAGACAGCAGCCCCUCCCACUUCUAUCGAGACAACAGUCGUUCCUAAUACUAUCGAGAAAACAGCUACCCUACCUACUACAGCCAAGACUACAGCUCUUCACUCUACAAUCGAGACUUCAGCCUCACCCACUACUAUCAAGACAUCAGCUAUCCCCACUUCUCCCACUACAGAUCCUCCAAAAAGUUACACGACUGCACCCUUUCUCACUACGAUACAGACAUUAGCUCCUCUAUCUACUGUCCCUGAAGAAGCUUUUUCCACUGCUGUUGAUAUAGAGCCAAGUGCCCAAACUACUGUUAACACAAUAUUGUUUCCCACAGUUAAAACCACUACGAAGAAAAUAACGACCUCACGUCCACCGAGUUCCUCCAGCUCCCCUACACCCUUGGCAACGACAACAGCUCCAACACCAUCUAAUAGUCCCUCUGCAAAACCAUCCGCUAGUCCCUCCCCAACACCAUCCGCUAGUCCAUCUCCAACAUCAUCUCCUAGUCCCUCUCCAACAUCAUCCCCUAGUCCCUCUCCAACACGAUCACCUAGUCCCUCUCCAACAUCAUCCCCUAGUCCCUCUCCAACACGAUCACCUAGUCCCUCUCCAACAUCAUCCCCUAGUCAAUCUCCAACAUCAUCUCCUAGUCCCUCUCCAACACCAUCCGCUAGUCCAUCUCCAACAUCAUCUCCUAGUCCCUCUCCAACACCAUCUACUAGUCAAUCUCCAACACCAUCUCCCAGUCCCUCUCCAACAUCAUCCCCUAGUCAAUCUCCAUCAUCAUCUCCUAGUCCAUCUUCAACACCAUCCGCUAGUCCAUCUCCAACACCAUCUAAUAGUCCAUCUUCAACACCAUCUCCUAGUCCCUCUCCAACACCAUCUCCUAGUCCCUCUCCAACACCAUCUCCUAGUCCCUCUCCAACACCAUCACCUAGUCCCUCUCCAACAUCAUCCCCUAGUCCCUCUCCAACACGAUCACCUAGUCCCUCUCCAACAUCAUCCCCUAGUCAAUCUCCAACAUCAUCUCCUAGUCCCUCUCCACACCAUCCGCUAGUCCAUCUCCAACAUCAUCUCCUAGUCCCUCUCCAACACCAUCUAUUAGUCAAUCUCCAACACCAUCUCCUAGUCCCUCUCCAACACCAUCCGCUAGUCCAUCUCCAACAUCAUCUCCUAGUCCCUCUCCAACACCAUCAGCUAGUCCAUCUCCAACACCAUCCCCUAGUCCCUCUCCUACACCAGCUAUUAGUCAAUCUCCAACACCAUCUCCCAGUCCCUCUCCAACAUCAUCCCCUAGUCAAUCUCCAUCAUCAUCUCCUAGUCCAUCUUCAACACCAUCCGCUAGUCCAUCUCUAA